AUGGAGUCCAAAAUCACCCCUCUCAUAAUCGAUAAUCGAGAAAUCCUUCACCCAUCUGGCGACCGAGUGGAGUCAACCCCCUCUUCUUUCCAAGGUGCUACCAAUGACCUUGCCAUCCAAGCGGUGGAGAGCUGCGCGUCUGCAUUCUCCAACUGGUCAACUACCUCUCCAGCCGAGCGGCGUGCACUAUUAAACAAGGCAGCCGAUAUCUUAGAAUCUCGCUCGGAGGAAUUCAUUGGGUGCAUGCAAGAGGAGGUCCACGCACCCCGUGUCUUUGCCGAGUUCAAUGUUCGUACGGGGGUGGAUUUCCUCAGGGAAUAUGCCGCCUUGACAACGGAUGCUUUGGCAGGGUCUAUUCCCGUAUCCCAAGGGGAUUCCUACGCACUGGUCUUUAAGGAACCCCUGGGGGUGAUUCUGGCCAUUGCGCCUUGGAACGCACCAAUCCUACUGGGCUUGCGGUCGAUUGCGGCACCGUUGGCGGCGGGGAAUACCGUGAUUUUCAAGGGCUCGGAGCUCAGCCCUCGUACCCACUUCCUCGUCAGCACCCUAUUCAAAGAUGCCGGUUUUCCUCCAGGCGUGGUCAACUUCAUUCUGCAUCGCGCCGAAGACGCUGCCUUCAUUUACGAGACGAUGAUCAACCAUCGGGCAGUGCGCAAGUGCAAUUUCACCGGCUCCACCAAUGUUGGCCGCAUCAUUGCUUCCAAAGCGGCGCUAGCCCUGAAGCCCGUCCUACUCGAACUGGGAGGCAAGAAUUUUGCAUUAGUGCUCGAAGACGCCGAUAUCGCCAAGGCCGCGGAAGAGAUCGUUCGCGGCUCAACCCUGAAUAAUGGCCAGAUAUGCAUGUCCACAGACCUCGUUCUGGCAGUUGACGCCAUUCACGACUCCCUCGUCUCUCACAUAUUUGCCCUCUUACGGAAAUCAAUUUCGCCACACCGAGUCAUCACCCCAUCAAGUAACCAGAAACUGACCGGCCUGAUCAAUGACGCCCGAGCCAAAGGCGCGACAAUCCACACGGCGAACCUUGAUUCAGGGUCCUGCAAGAACGAGACUGACUGCCACGCCACCGUGAUCGAAGGGCUUACUCAAGAGAUGGACUUUUUCACAAUAGAAUCUUUCGGUCCUGUGGUGGGCAUCGUCCGGGUCAAGGAUGAAAACCAAGCCAUGGAUCUAAUCCAGCAGUCCACGUACGGCCUGUCAGCAGCGAUCUUCACUACUUCGCAUUUCCGGGCUCUUCAAUUGGCACGACGGAUCCGUGUCGGAGCUGUUCAUGUGAAUUCAAUGACUGUGCAUGAUGAAGUUACAUUGCCGCAUGGGGGUCAUGGGGACAGUGGUUGGGGCCGGUUUGGUGCGAAAUGGGGAGUGGAGGAGUUUUUGCAGACUCGGACGGUGGUGUUGAAUCCGUAACUGGUACACACGAUAGACAUUAUAAUCGAAUUGAAUAACGAUUAGUUUCUCUGUACUAUGACUUGGAUCUUGGUCCUUGAUCCUGUUUGAGUAGUCUAGCGAGGGGGCUGUCACCCUGUAGAUUCAGACUCCGGGAUAUUUCAUGAUCCGUAAGCCCCGAUAUCAAACAUAAGAUGUAAGCAGAGCAUGAUAUUUUUAAUUCCAAAAGUAUGACAGAUUUGCCAUGCCGUAAGCACGACUCAAUCGUAUCAACUCAUUGUAAGCA